CUGGCGCGACCAUACUUGAGCAGCGGUCCUGUCAGCUGAAGAAGCCUUGGGGCCUCAGUCGCCGUGGCCCGGAGACCUUCGGCCCUAGGAGCAGGGGGCUGAGGCUGCAGGAGUCUCCAGGAACAGACAUGGACUGUCUAACUUUUGAGGAUGUGGCUGUGAACUUCACCUUGGAGGAGUGGGAUUUGCUGGAUCCUUCCCAGAAGCAACUCUACACAGAUGUGAUGCAGGAAACCUUCAAAAACCUAAUUGCUAUAGGACAAAUUGAGGAAGGCCGGAGGAGUAAAGAUGAUGAUGAAGAGUCUAGGAGAAGUCUGAGAAGUGGACUGGUGGAAUUGUUGUAUAAACCCAGAGAAGGUAGACAAUGUGAAGAAAUCUUCAGCGAGUUUCCAGGUACUGUGGUGAAUAAGAAAACCCGUCAUGGAGUAAAACUGUGUGAAAGUCAUUUGUGUGAAGACAUCCUUAUCGGUCUCCCACCCCUGAAUAUGCAUAUUCCUGUUCAACGAGGACAUAGACCGUAUGAAUAUGAGACAUAUGAAGACAGUCUCUAUAAAUUUAGGGAGUGUGGGAAAGCCUUUCUGUAUCCUGAAUGCUAUCUGAAGCAUGAAAAUGCUCACAUCAUAGAGAAACUGUAUAAAUGUCAACAAUGUGGGAAAGCCUUUUCUUCUUCAAGUAAGGUUCGAAGACAUGAAAGAACUCACACUGGCGAGAAGCCCUACAUGUGUAACCAUUGUGGGAAAGCCUUCCCUAGUCGUGGUUCCCUUCGCCGUCAUGACAGGAUUCACAGUGGAGAGAAGCCCUUUGUGUGUAAGUAUUGUGGGAAAGCUUUCACCGGUCAGAGUUCACUUCCACGCCAUGAAAGAAUUCACAGUGGAGAGAAACCCUAUGUCUGCAAAUACUGUGGCAAGUGUUUCAUUUCUUCAAGUACCUGUCGAGUACACGAACGGACUCACACUGGAGAGAAACUCUAUGUUUGUAAUCUGUGCAAUAAAGCUGUCACUACUCGUACUUCCCUUCGAAAUCAUGAACGAAUUCACAGUGGUGAGAAACCCUAUGUUUGCGAACAGUGUGGGAAAGGUUUCAUCUCCUCUGGUACCUUUCGAAUACACGAACGAAUUCACACUGGAGAGAAACCCUAUAGAUGUAAGGAAUGUGGUAAAGCCUUCACUAUACAGAGUUCUCUCCAACGCCAUGAAAGGAUUCACACUAGGGAAAAACCUUAUGACUGUAAGGAAUGUGGGAAAGCCUUCAGUGGUUACAGCUCCCUUCGACGCCACGAAAGGAUUCACAGUGGAGAAAGACCCUAUGCAUGCAAGCAGUGUGGCAAAGCUUUUCCUGCCUUGGGUGAUUGUCAGAGACAUGAGCAAAUCCACACUGGUGAGAAGCCCUAUGUAUGUAAGCAGUGUGGGAAAGCCUUUACUCGUUGUGGCUCCCUCAGAAUACAUGAAAAGGCCCAUGCUAGACAGAAUUCCUAAGCAUAAAAUGUGAAAGAACUCCUUGUUGCGUGCCCUUUCUAAAAAAAAAAAAAACUGUUACAAUGUUUAGGGAAGAAAACAAGUAUAUCAAGUUAUGAGGGCUGCCACUGGUCAUACUGUUACAUUAACAAAAAGGACAAGCUAAGAACUCACCCAAUAUCAAAACUUGCUCAGAAAGUUGACUGUAAGAAAUAGUUUUAAAAUUCUGUACUACCUGAGGAUUUUCACAUAAGUUUCACUAGCUCAUAAAUGUACAUUGUGAAAGGUUCAAUGCAAAGUAAUUUAUGUAGAAUGCUCCAAAAAAUUACAUAACCCGAAGGAAAACAUCCUAAAAUUAUAUUACACUGAUUAGUUUAUUACUAAAAUAGAUAUCCAAACUAUUUCUAAGUCUAACUCCUGUAAAUAAAUGGUGGCAUGACAUAAUUCUGUGAAGUUUGCUUA